GAGCGCGCGAUGGGCACGACGAACGUGCGGCCCUUCGAGUUCGUGCUCGCUCCAGAUCGUGUCCGCCCGCCGUGGAGCACUCGCACGACUUCAUGGAGACGUCAUCUUCCCCUUCGUCUUCUUCCUCAUCCUCCUCCUCCUUCGCCAUCACGAGCACCCACACCACAUAUACCUCCACCUCCAGCGGCGGCGGCGGCGUGCACAUCCCAGUGGAGAUCGUGAGCGAGGAAGAGAUGGCGUUCAUUGAAGCUGCCCUGGCCUCCACUCGCCCCUUCCUCGCCUCUUCCGCUUGCCCCUCUUAUUCCUCCCGAUUCGCCCUCUUCUCUUCCCUUACCUCCAUCCUCCCCUGCUCCUCCGUUCCGCCGACCUCCCCCGGGCCUCGUUCCUUCGCCACGUCGUCGGACAUUGAGGAUACCGUCCCGCCGACCUCCCCCGGGUCUCGUUCCUUCGCAACGUCUUCGGGCAUUGAGGAUACCGUCCCGCCUAGACCCUCCCUUCUCGAUCAAUUUCGAUCCAAAAGGGGGCUUUCCGUUACUGACUUCACUUCCACGGAAUGGUGCGAAAAGCAAAUGGAGUUUUUGCUUCAUUGGGGAAAGCCAAAGAGAACUGAAGCUAUGAAAGCUGGUUCUGAUCGUCAUAACCAACUCGAAAAGGAGGUGUCAGAAAAGAUUGAACUUCAUAUUAAGACUAUUGAAGAUUCUUGGGCAAUAAGAUUGAUGAACUUCAUUGUCGGCACAAACCAUUUAUUAUUUGAAGGCAUAACCCGUGAGCUUCCUGUAGUUGGAGUUAUUGAAGGUGUAUGGAUGGUGGGAGUAAUUGAUGAAAUUAGGAUCUCAAGAGAUGGAGGUGCUGGUUUACCUUUGUUGGUGGAUACAAAGACACGUCUUAAAGCAACAAUACCUUCCGCAGCACAAAAGAGAAAUGGAAGGCUUCAGUUGAUGUGCUACAAAUUCCUCUGGGACAAUUUGGUGACCAAUACCUUCCCCACAGAACAUUUCUUUCGUCGCUUUGAAUUGAAUCGCCAAUACACACUGACUGGAGACAUCAAGAAAUACAUCGAUUCAUUUGGACUUGACUUAAAGACUCUUGAUGAUGUAUUAUCUCAUUUCCGAUAUACGUCCAGUUUGCUAUCCCAAUCCGAUGAACAACUCCUCCUGAGAUAUGAGUUGCAAUCCGAUCAGUCAUUACUAGAAGAAUACUAUUUUCCCUAUGAUUCUAAUUGGCUUAAGACACAGAUCAACAAGGGCCUUGAGUUUUGGUUGGGACACAGGGAAGCAAGCUUUGUGUCAGAAGAUGAGAAAUGGAAAUGUCAGUUCUGUGAUUUUGUCUCCGAUUGUCCAAUAUCAGUUAAUUCGUCCAGGGACCGCACAAGAAGUAGAUAACCAGCUUUUAGUUACACAUUUUGUCUUGGUCAUUCAAUGCUUGCACAAGAUGAGACAAUUGCAGUACAACUUAUAGAAAGUUUACAAACUGAUAACAAUUCGCUGACACUUUGAAACUAUCCAAGAAAGUCCACUCCUGCAAUCGAUUUGGAUUGAAAGUGCCCUCAUCCAUUUCAUUUCAUUUCCACUGAUCAUGGAACGAAUUUUACCUACUACAUUUUUUUUUUGUCUAUUUAUUUCCUAUGGAUAAUUCAUUAUUAUGUACUUUUGCUUUGAA